GUACCGCUGAGAACGUCACUGUAGAUUCUUUUCUCUCGACAGACCCUAAACUCUAUUUCAAUUCCUCUUCCCUACGCUUGUGGACCAGCCGCACAUUCGUCAUCUUCGGCUCUCGGAUUCUCAUGGAUCCGCAGUCCUCUAUCGAUAAGAAACGCAAUCUCGCUUCGCCCAAAAAGCCACGACUAGUAGUCUAACCCCUGAAAUCCAAUUGGACACUCAUCAACCUGAGAACGAUCUGCGCUAUUUCCUCUCGCACCGCCACGAUUGCAUCCAGUACCGCUUGCGAACCGCCCUAAGUACGCGCUUCAAAAAAUAAUACACACCAUAAACCUCCAAACGCAAAGAGCAGCGAAAUCACCCCCUCACAUCCAGCACGAAAACCCCACAUAUCUAACCGUCUUACAUACAAUGCCCGACCCCUCGACGCUAGAAAAACUGCGACCCUGCGGGCGAUUAGAGACCUUCUCCACUGCCCGGCACCAUCUAGGCUUCUACCGAAACGUCGCCUGCACUGCAACUUACACCAACCACUCCUCAACAACGACAACAGCAACAACAGCAGCGACGACAACAAUCCAGGACUUGAUCUUCCGCGCCCUCCGCCACCUAAUCGCCACCCACGCCAUCCUAUCCGCAAUCCCGCUGCGGGAAGAAAAAUCCUACCCAGACGUGUACUUCGCGCGCCUCCCGUCUAUCGACCUGCGUACUUGCGUUGAAUUCAUCUCGCGCAAAGACGAGGAAGAGAAAGAGGUCAGCGAGGGUGGUGAGGGCGAAAGAGAUGAAGAACUAGACGCCCUUCUAACCGAGCAGCACAACCGCGAUUUCAAGCAGGAUGAGGGGACGAAACCUUUCUGGCGGCUUGUGAUCCUGCAUUCGCCCGAGAAGAACGCUGGAGAUUUCACGGCGUCGUGGGUCUUUCAUCAUGCGCUUGCAGAUGGGACGUCUGCGCUUGUGUUUCAUCGGCAUUUUCUUUCUGCGCUGCAACAAGUAGCAGGCUCGACCUCCUCGUCUGAAACCACAGACGCAGACGUAAAUCCCAUCGUCCCCUCCCCCAACACACCCCUCCUACCCCCCCUAGAAGCCCUCCACCCGCUCCCCAUAUCCGCCCUAUUCCUCGCCAAAGCGCUCCUCGGCUCGCUCUUCCCGUCCUGGUUCGCGCCCCGUGCAGCAAAACUCUGGACCGGCGCUCCCAUCUCCAAUUCCGCCUCGCAAACACGCGCUUGUUUCCAGUCCGUCGUGCUCUCCGCGGCGACUACAAAAGCGCUGCGCGAAGCCAGCCGAUGCGAGCGCACCACCGUAACAGCAGCUCUGCAAUGUAUAGUCGCCUCCUCGCUGCUGUGCACGCUCGACGCGCAGCAGUACGAGAGCGUGAAGGUCGACGGUCCGAUUAGCCUAAGGCGGUUUCUGCGCUGGGAAGGGGAAGGAGGUUUGGAGGAGCAGUUUGUGAACGCGAUGGGGCAGUAUGGAUAUGUUCACUCGCGCAGCAUUCCCACUCCUCCUUCUUCCGCGCUGGCUGGUUCAACUUUCUCCUGGGCCUCGGCCCGCGCCGUCCGCGCAGCCAUCUCGCGCGAGCUCGAUAAAAACGGACGGGACAGCGUCGUGGGACUGCUGCGGCACGUGCCGGAUAUGCACAAAUUCUUCCUUGGGAAAGUGGGCAGGGAGCGGGAGAGCAGCUUCGAGCUGUCUAACCUUGGCGUUUAUAAAGCCGAUAGCGGGGAAGGGGAAAGGGAAGGGGAGGGCUGGAAGAUACGCAGGAUGGUGUUUAGCCAGUGUCCGAAUGUGGCCGGGGCGGCGUUUGCAACGAGCGUGGUGACGGGCGGGGAUGGGUGUGCGGUGCUGGGGUUUAGUUGGUGCGAGGGGGUUGUGGAAGGGGAAGUUGUGGAGAGGGUGAUGCGGAGGGUGGAGCGGGAGGUGGAAGGCGUGUUGGCGGCGGCAGAAGCAUGAGCAACGCGUGCGAAUUUGUGCAGGAGUGGCGAAUCGAAUUAUUAUUAUAACGAAAAUGAAAUAGCGUAUUAAUAACAAUAAAACCGAAGGGGGUAAGAAGGUAACUUUUGUCAGACGUACAAACACCGCGAUGCCGCAUAGAAAGGAGGCAUAAUCGUUGCAAACACUACCCCUGCACCGUCUGUCCCGCAUUUCCAUGAGCUUCAGGCACCGCCGGUGAUGAGGACGAACUUGAGUUGUCGAUGACGCUGUUGAAGUCGACGGCUAGCGUCCUGCGCAACGUCUUCUCUAGCAUGGAGUAAUAUUUGGAUUACGCCAUUUCGGUGGCU